AUGGACAUGGCUGCCGACAGCGCUGCACAGGAGGAGCUGCGUCUCGAUGGUGAGCAAGACCAGGCACAGCUGCUUGGCGACUCGAGUGAGACACUGGAGUACGCUGAAGCUGAGCUCUACGGCGCUGAGCCGCCUCUUGGCGCGACUGCUACGGGAAGGUCCUUUCCGCUGGACGUGGCCCGGAAGCGAUGGUUGUGGAAGCUGACGAUCGGGUUGGUGCUGAUUGUGGGUUACGCCGGGUACUAUGUGUGCCGCUCCAACCUCUCAGUGGCGUCGCCCUCCCUCAUCAAAGACUUGGACCUCAGCAAGUCCACCUUUGGCAUCGUGUUGACGGCGGGCACGGCGGCCUACGCCGUCGGCAAGUUUGUGACGGGUCCGGUUAUCGACUCCAUGGGCGGCCGGAAGGUCUUCUUGCUGGCCAUGCUCUGUUCGAUCUUGCUUACCGUGGUCUUCACAUUCGGAUCGGCCGUGUGGUACUUCACGCUCGUCUGGAUAGGAAACCGCCUCGUGCAAGCUGCUGGUUGGCCUGCCGUGGUGAAGAUUACGUCCAGCUGGUAUCACCCCAGCGAAUCUGGGAAGGCCAUGGGCUUCAUUUCGCUCAGCUUCUUGUUCGGAGAUGCCAUCGCACGGUUCUAUCUCGCCGGCGUGUUGGAGGCAACGGACGACAGCUGGGUCGCCGUGUUCUGGGUGUCGGCCAUUACGCUGGGCGCCAUCGGCGUGCUCUGCUUUUUCCUCCUCAAGGGGUCCCCCGCAGAUGUGGGGCUUCCCUUGGAGGACGAGAAACACACGGCCAAGCAAAGCACAGCGGACGACAUAGACGAAACCGAUGGUCGAAUUCAGGUAGUGGGAACGGAAUCGCAGCCGGGAUCGUGGAAGGAGAGGAUCGGGCCUCUCUUGCGGAAUCCUCGCUUCUGGCUUCUCUGUUUCAUGUCCUUCGGGCUCACUCUGUUGCGAUCAACCUUCACGGAUUGGGCCAACGUGUACCUCACCGACGAAACGCACGCCAGCCCCUCCGAAGCCGCACUGGGCAGUUGUUUGCUGGUGGGCUGGCUCAACGACAAGCUGUCGCGUGGGCGGAGAGGCCUCAUGCUGAUGGGCUUCUUGACCGUGCUGGCCAUCACCCUGGGCGCCUACUCCCUUCUCUCCUCGCGCAGCCUGCCUCUCGCCCUAGUUUUCGUGACGCUGGUGGGGUUCACGCUCACGGGUCCGUACACGCUACCGGCUGGCGCGCUCUCGCUCUCGAUCGGCGGUCCGAUGUGCGCCACGGUCUCGGCGCUCGUGGACACCACGGGCUACAUCGGCGGCCUCCUCUCCGGCUACCUCGUGGGCCUGCUGGCCGAGACCUACGGCUGGAGCACCGUGUGGGGUCUGCUGGCCGUGGUCACCGUGGCCACCAUCUUCGUCACCGCCGCCUUCUCCCUCCUCGACUACCGACACUCCCUACCGGAGUCCCUCCCGCACAUCAACUCUUCUUCUGAUGAGUACGAGUUGCAGGAGACCGGCGUCGACCAAGAUGACGGAGAGCUCACCUUCCAUCUCGCAGAGGACAAAGCGAAAUAA